AUGGAUCCUUCUCCAGGUGACGAUGAAGCCCCCCGUGAUCCGGGGGUUCUUAAAAUUCAUCAACCCAGUUACACGGAUGAAGAUUUCGAAGGUCACAGAGCCAACACCGUGUUCGUCGGAGUACACAUGCCUGAUAAGAAACAUUCGCACAGACGACACAGGCAUCACAAUAGAAAGGACAGCGUAGACGAAGAAGACAGGCCAAUUACUCCGCCGGCUCAAAGAGUUCAAUUCAUACUGGGAGAAGAUGCCGAAGAUGGCGUACACGAACCGCAUCCGUUAUUUAGCGAAAUGGAAGAACUCGUCACGGAUGGAGAUCAAGCCGAAUGGAAAGAAACUGCGAGAUGGAUAAAGUUCGAAGAAGAUGUCGAAGAAGGUGGUAACCGUUGGUCGAAACCACACGUGGCAACAUUAUCACUCCAUUCGCUUUUCGAAUUGAGAAGUUUUCUAUUGAACGGAACCGUCAUGUUGGACAUGGAAGCAACUUCUCUCGAACAAAUAGCUGAUCUCAUACUUGAUAACAUGGUCAAUUCAGGGUCGCUAACACUCGAAUCGAAAGAUAAGGUUAAAGAAGUCCUAUUGCGUCGUCACAGACACCAACACGAACAAAGGCGUAGAGACAACAGUUCGACAAACAUGUCUCGUUUGCCCAUAAUAAGAUCAUUAGCUGAAAUCGGUAGAAAUCAUUCGUCGUCAAAAAAAAAACAACAACCUAAACAAACAAUGUUUGUCGGGUAUUUUUUUUAUCGAUCCUACAACACUCACAACAAACAACAAUCGAUGGUUUUACUAAAAUUCAUUAUCAACAACAUAACGAAACGAUUUAACGUACAAUCGAAUAUUGAUAGAAGUCCAAGUUCGACAUCGAUUUCGAGAAAUCAUAGCGCUUCCGGUUUAGGAGACGGAAAUGGAGAUCAUACCAAGGGUAACACUCAUUUCAUGAGAAAAAUCCCGGCGGGAGCGGAAGCUUCAAAUAUUUUGGUGGGCCAAGUUAAUUUUCUAGAAAAACCUUUGUCGGCUUUUAUAAGGCUUAAUCAGGGUACCUUUUUGGGAGACCUAACGGAAGUACCCGUACCCACGAGAUUUUUAUUUAUAUUAUUAGGACCCACGGGAGGCAUAACAGCUUUUCACGAAGUCGGUCGAGCAAUGGCUACUUUAAUGUCCGACGAAGUUUUUCACGACGUGGCUUACAAAGCAAGAAAUAGAAAUCACUUACUAGCAGCCGUUGAUGAGUUUUUAGAUGCCGUAACCGUUUUACCACCCGGCGAAUGGGAUCCCACGAUAAGAAUCGAACCACCGGCAGCUAUUCCAUCUCAAGUUAGUUUGCUCCUCUUCGUACUCCCCCCCCUCACACUCCAUCAGACAUCAGGAAGAGACCACCGGAAAAAAUACCGAACCGGAAGAUUAUUUGGUGGAUUGAUUAAUGACGUCAAAAGAAAAGUGCCAUGGUAUUGGUCGGAUUUUAAAGACGCUCUUGCCAUGCAAUGCAUAGCCUCGUGGAUAUUUUUAUAUUUUGCUUGUUUAUCCCCGAUAAUAACAUUCGGGGGUUUACUCGGUACGGCAACUGGAAACAAUAUGGCGGCUAUGGAAUCUUUAGUUUCAGGUUUUGUUUGCGGUAUGGGUUACGGUUUUUUUUCCGGUCAACCUCUCACCAUUUUAGGAUCAACGGGUCCCGUUUUAGUAUUCGAAACGAUAGUUUACGAUUUUUGUCAGGGGCGCGAUUGGGAUUAUUUAUCUUUUCGUUUGUGGAUAGGUGCUUGGAUAUUUGUCAUAUUACUCGUACUCGUGGCCGUCGAUGCGAGCGCUUUGGUCUGCUACAUAACACGUUUCACGGAAGAAAAUUUUGCAACGUUGAUUGCGUUCAUAUUUAUUUACAAAGCCGUGGAAAACGUUAUAAAAAUCGGUGUCAAGUAUCCAAUAGAAACAAUCGGAGGACCGGCGGCUAACGUUUGCAUUUGCGAACCUCCUACUACCCAAAUGGGUGGUUCCCCACUCACGGAUGAUGUUAUGAAUUGGACGAUUUUGACAAACGAAGAAUGUUUGAGAAAUAAUGGAACACUCGUCGGACACGGUUGUCCUGGACAAGGAUACGUACCGGAUGUAUUCCUUAUGUCAAUUUUACUUUUCAUCGGAACUUUCUUAAUAUCCGUCGAAUUGAAAGAUUUUAAAAACGCUCUUUUCUUUCCAUCAAAGGUAAGACAAUUCAUAAGUGAUUUUGCAGUUAUAAUAGCAAUUUUAUCAAUGUCACUCAUCGAUUGGUACGUCGGUAUAAAAACACCCAAAUUACAAGUACCUAGCGAUUUUAAACCGACCCUUGACGGAAGAGGAUGGCUCAUACCGCCGUUUGGAAAAAAUCCCAUAUGGUCGUGGGUCGUGGCCGUGUUACCCGCUCUUUUGGGCACCAUACUCAUAUUCAUGGAUCAACAAAUAACGGCCGUUAUCGUUAAUCGUAAAGAGAAUAAAUUAAAAAAAGGCUGUGGUUACCAUUUAGAUUUAUUUAUAUUGGCGUUACUUAUUCUAAUAUGUUCCGUCAUGGGACUCCCGUGGUUCGUUGCAGCCACCGUGUUAUCAAUUAAUCACGUGAAUUCAUUGAAAUUAGAAUCGGAAUGUGCUGCACCGGGUGAAAAACCACAAUUUUUAGGAGUCAGAGAGCAAAGAGUUACUCAUAUAUUAAUUUUCCUGAUGAUUGGACUGUCGGUUAUUUUAACACCCGUAUUGAGUAAUAUACCAAUGCCAGUUCUUUUUGGAGUCUUUCUUUACAUGGGUGUGGCAUCGUUGAAAGGUUUACAAUUUUUCGAUCGAAUACUCAUUAUGUUUAUGCCGGUCAAAUACCAACCCGACUACAUGUUUCUCCGUCAAGUACCGCUUCGAAGAGUUCAUCUUUUCACUGCUAUUCAAUUAAUAUGUCUUAUUGCGCUUUGGGUCAUUAAAUCCUUUAGCACAACUUCUAUAUUGUUUCCCCUCAUGUUGGUAGUCAUGAUUGGAAUAAGAAAAUCGUUAGAUUUUGUAUUUACACGUCGUGAAUUAAAAAUAUUAGAUGAUGUUAUGCCUGAAGUAACGAAAAGAUCGAAAGAAGAUGAAUGGAAUUUAAAAGAGGGGCGUGGAAAUUUACAGAUAUCAUUAGCAAAUGGUAACAUAAUGAAAAUUCCACUGUCGUCGAUAAACAUUUCGGAAGAAGUUAAUAAAUCAGGCGUUUGGAAAACCGUUAACGACAGCAAUACGGAUAAGAGUAAAAAUCACAGCAGCAAACCGAGGUAUCAUUUUUUUUUGACCCGGUGGAUUAACGGGGGGGGGUGGGGAAAAAACAAUCAUUUUUUUUUUCUUUUAAAAUUUUCCAGUUCGAAAUCCAAGAGGCGAGGAAGUAAAAAAGAUGCACUCACGGAAGAGGAAAGAAGACGUUUGUCGACAAUGAACGAAGCCGAAGAGGAAGAAGAUGCACGUUCUGGAAUUACGAUUAAGGUGGGGGCCGAUUCCCAGGUGGAAUCGCAGGUCUAG